AUGCGACAGCACGAUUGGGCCGGCUCGACGGCUUCACAGAAAACCGGCGUGAAGCAACGCUUGCGUUGUGUUUCGUCGUAUGCGUGCGGUCUAUCAGACGUGCCGCACAUAGAAAGUCUACAAGAAAAGUCCCAGUGCGCCCUCGAGGAGUACUGCAGAAGUCAGUACCCCAACCAGCCCACGAGGUUCGGCAAACUCCUACUAAGACUACCUUCAUUACGGACAGUCAGCUCACAAGUUAUAGAACAGCUCUUCUUUGUGCGGUACCAGCGCGAAGCCCAGCCUGAGGACGCCGUGACCUCCUCAAGCGAAUUCCACGAAACAGAAGCGAGCGAAGAGUACUUCGGGUCUAGAACCAGCAGGGAAAGCGAGAGAGCCGAUCCCUCUUUCGAUCCCAUAUCAGCUUUCUGCGCUCCGAAAUCGAACGAGGAGUUCGAGACGACUUCGGAGACUCAAAAGAACGCGCAAAAAUCCCUGAUGAUAGACAAUCUGUUAAAUAUACGACAGGAGUGUACUAUACCUGACAUGAAGUAA